AUGGACCUUCGCCGAGCGAGCGGCUUGGCAAAGUGUGGCCCGCGUUUUGGCGACGGAGCGUCGGGGCCAACGGCGUGGCCGUCGCGCCUCGUCCGGCCGUUUGUGGCCGCGCCGGCCAUCGACGGCCGGCGCCGGGGGUGCCGGGCGACGCCAACGAAUUUUCGCCGCCUGCCUCCGUCCAAGUUCUCCGGCCGCGCUUUCUCGGCACUCCAUUUUUCAGACGCUGAGAGGCAGCGCGCCGGCGCCCAGCCCACCCUCGACGGCGCCGCCGCCGCCGGCCCGGCGCCGCCCGUGCCAAAACACAACUCGCCGUCGUCGGCGGCGAGCCCCGGCGACCGAGACCAGCCGGGCCGCGGCGAGCGGGCGCCGUCGCCCAAGCUGUUCCUGUGCUGCGUGUGCGGCGCCUUCUCCACGGACGACCCGGACGAGCUGGCGGCGCACGCCGGCUCGGAGCGCCGGCUGCCGGACGGCGAGUGGCGCGCGGUGACGGGCGAGGGCGCCCACGCGUGCCGCCUCUGCGGCUACGUCACGCCGCUGCGCGCCAACUUCCAGCUGCACUGCAAGACGGACAAGCACGCCGCGCGGCACCAGCUGGCGGCGCACCUGCGCGAGGGCGGCCGGGCCGACGCCGUGGCCGCGGCCGCCGCCGCCGCCGCCGCCGCGGCCGCGGCGGCGUCGGCCGGAUCGGGGACGGCCGGCAUCGCGCCGGCGCUGGUGCAGCUGCGGUGCUGCGCCUGCGACUUCGUGGCGAGCGGGCUGGACAGGAUGGGGCUGCACGUGGCGGGCCGGGAGCACCAGGCCAGCGUGCUCAUCUACAAGCACCUGCAGCGGCUGGAGGCCCAGAGCGCCGCCAAUCCGCCGCCGCACGGCGAGCCACCGCCGGCGCCUCCGUCGCCGCGCUCCUUCCACUGCACCAUCUGUGCCUGCUCGGCGCUCGACAAGCUGGGCCUGGUGCGGCACGCUCGCUCCGGCGAGCACCGGCGGCGCGAGGGCUCGCUCCGCGCUCUCCUCCGCCGCCCGGCGCCCUCGGGCUCCGCGUCGGACGACUGCUACGACGACGACGACGACGACGACGAGGAGGAGGAGGAGGAGCAGCUCGACGACGACGACGACCAAGAACGACCGGACGACCGCGUCGAUGACGACACGGCGGCGGCGGCGGCGGCGGCGAGACGAAGCGCCAGGAGGAGGAGGAGGAGGAAGAGCGGCACGGAGGCACCGGCGCGGUCGUGGGACGACGACGCCGACGAGGAGGAGGAGGAGGAGGAGGAUGAGCUCGAGCUGGGCAGCAUCUUCUGCAUCGCGGACGGGGAGCUGUCGCCCGACGGAGAAUUUACGGAGAAAGGAAAUUCGGACGAGAGCUCGCUCGACAGGAACUCCGCCGCUGGCACCGAAGAGAAGAGGGAGCGCUCCGACGCCGAGCAGGCGCGGGCGUCCUUGGCGGAGAAGCGAACGUCGCCGCUGGACGCUCCGGAGCGCCUGAGCCCGGCCAAGAGGUCAAAGCCCCCGGAGGACAAAACCCCACCGCGCGACCAGACGCACAUCGCCAGGCAGCACUCCUCCCUGCGGCAGCAGCACCAGCAGCACCAGCAGCACCAGCAGCAGCAGCAGCAAGCCCCGACGGCGCCGGCGCCCGGCAAUGGCGGCGGCGGCGCGGUGCCCAUGGCACCGGCGGCCGCCCUGCUGCGCUGCCCCCUGUGCCAGGACGCGCUGAGCAGCCGCAUCCACCUGCAGCUGCACCUGACCCACCUGCACAGCGUGGCCGCCCACUGCAUCCCAUGCUCAUGCAGACGGUCUCCGGUGCCGAGAGCGCCGUGCAAGCGACGCGUUUUUCCCCGGCGUUGGCGUGGCCGCCGACGGAAGCGAGCGCCGACAAGAGCCGCGGCGCGGCGAAUUCGGCGGCGACGACCAUAGCCACGGUGGAAAACUUCGCCUACACAGGCGAGGAUGGUGAAAAGUCCGAGAGGCCCGGCACGUCCCGAGAGAAGGCCUCGCUGGGCGUGGGCACGAGUGGCGACCAGAAGGGCUUCCUGUGCUGGAAGAAGGGGUGCGGCCAGCAGUUCGCGACGCCCGG